AUGCACAAUGUUACAAUAUCAAGCAAAUCUCCAGUUGCAGAGGUCUUGGAGGUUUUAUCAGCACAUAUGUGUUCCUUACGAUGUUCACAAUUUUAUACAUUGUUUACUCCAGAGAAACCAGCUUUGACAUCUUCUGAAUGUCAAGCUAAGUGGUACAAGGGUCUCAGUAAAGCAGACAAGAAAAAAAUCAUUAAAAAAAAGUACAUUAAGUUUUUGAAAGGUCCAACAUAUAAAAUUAAGAGAAGUAAAGAGAAUAAGUCUACUUAUCAGACAUCAAAAAUCACUAAUUUCCCACCUAAACCACCCUCUAAGAAAUUAAUUCAUAGAAUAAUCAGUGGAUUCUGUGAAGACACACACCCUUCCAAACUUCUUGAAUCUGGAUGUGCAGUUUGUGGUCAGCUAACAAAAUUAUCAGACAUGUUAAAACGAUCUGAUACCUCAAGUAACUUGGAGCCCUUGAUUCGAGAAGGAGUUUCCCGAACAGAAAGAAAAUCUGAACAUGAUGAAAUCCAUGAACUCAUGGGGCCUGUGAUCGAUGAUGACUGUAAAUAUAUAUGCAAAACUUGCAAUAAAAGUCUAGACAAAGGAAAAAUACCUACUAAUGCACUUUGUAAUGGUUUUUGGCUUGGUAAAAUUCCUGACAAGCUUGCCUGCUUAACUUACGUUGAACAGCUGCUCAUAUCACGUGUUCGCCAUAAUCACUGUAUAAUCAAAGUAGCCUCUGGAUGGUACAAGAUGCAUGCGAAUGCAAUAACUUUCCAAAAUCCUGUCGCAAAGAUUUAUGACACUUGUGUAAGAGGCCAUUGCAAGCAUGGCAGGAACGAGUCCUAUUUUGCAAGAGUGGUAGUGACCCAUUUCUGCUUUCUUUUCGCUUUUUUUCUGGAUUUGUAG